AGUGCCACGUGACAUGAAGUCACGUGUAGCAUUGCGGAAGUUUUGCUCCAGUGUAAUAAUUUCCCCUCUGUUUCGUGCUCUAAACAGAUUCGGCCAGAUUUAAAGAGAGUCCAAUUUGCCCAAAAAGAAAGCUAUGGACGAAUCGGCUCAAUCAUUGGAUGAAAACUUGCUUGCUUUCAUGGACCAGCUGGAGUUACUGGAGGAAAAACGAAUUCGUCUUAACUCACUCAUCGAGCAGGGAUGGUUUUUCAUUUCCAAGGCGCGAUAUUCCAUGGGAAACAAACAAGUGUCAGCUCUUCAGUAUGCAAGUGAGAUAAAGCCACUGAUUGGUGUUCAUGUAAGAGCACUUGGUCAUGACAACGUCAAGUUCUGCACAGAUUUACCAAAGCAAAAGAAUGAGUGUCAUAACUCUAAUGCACCUGUUGAAGACAUUGGCCCAAAAGAGGAAGGUGUUAGAAGAAGAAUAAAACUGAAACAGACUAGUAUCGAAAAGGAGACCGUUGAAGAAUUAAGUUAUAUAAAAACACCAGAAGACCCUUCAACCUCGAAAAGUGAACCAAAUCCUCAGCAAAACCCACUUCAGUGGUUUGGGAUUUUGGUGCCACAAUCCCUGAAACAAGCCCAGUUGUCAUUCAAACAAGUCAUUGAACUGUCUGCAGAGAUUGCAACUCUUCAGGUGCAAAUUUUAAACUCCAAGCAGGAGCUGAAGCGACGUUUUCGGGAGAAAGGGGAGAAAAGGAAAAAAAAAGAGGAAACCACUGGAUGCUGAAAAUGAUCUUUGGGUUGUUCAUGUGUUUGUCUUAGGUUGUCGUGCUUCAUUGUAAAUGUGAUGUAGAAUGUGCUUAAUAAAAUCAAUGGUGUACUGUG